AUGGUUAACAGAGGCUACGGUCACUCGAAGAAUUCAUCAAUUUUGUCAAGAAGAUCAUCUCUGACGUCGAUUGCGCUCUGUAUGGUAGUCUUCUUUGCUUUCUCAAUCGUUGGUUUCAUAAUCUACAGUAGAGAUAUCUUAGCGGAUGAAGAGAGGAAGCCCGCGUUUGCUGUAUCAGAGGACGAAUUCAAAUCUGAUGAAGAGAGGAAACCUGUUUUAGUAGUAUCAGAGGAGAAAUUCAAAUAUGAAAAGAUACGCGAGGAUGCAAUUUGGGAAGUACCAUCCAGCCAUGGUCUACACUCGUGUGUUAACCGCACCCCUCAGUACAAAGAUGCGCAAAGAGGGAAUCGCUACAUGACUGUAAGAAGUAAUGGUGGAUUAAAUCAAAUGCGCACUGGUAUAGCAGACAUGGUGGUUGUGGCACGCUUGAUGAAUGCAACUUUGGUAAUCCCUCAACUGGAUAAAAAGUCAUUCUGGCAAGAUACAAGUACAUUUGCUGACAUAUUUGAUGAGACACAUUUUAUCAUGAACUUACAAACUGACGUGAGGAUAGUGAAGGAGCUUCCUAAAGAACUAGAAUCUGUUCCUCGAGCUAGGAAGCACUUCUCUUCAUGGGCUAGCAUGAGCUACUAUGAAGAGAUGACACAGCUAUGGAAGGAUUAUCAGGUAAUUCAUGUUGCGAAAUCUGAUUCACGGCUGGCCAACAAUGAUCUUCCUCUUGAUAUCCAGCGAUUGAGGUGCCGAGCUCUGUAUAAUGCUCUCCGCUUCUCUCCUGCUAUUGAAAACCUUGGAAAGAAGCUAGUGGAAAGGUUGAGAUCUCGUGCAGAAAGAUACAUUGCUCUUCAUUUGAGAUAUGAGAAGGACAUGCUCUCUUUUACUGGCUGCACACAUGGCCUAACACAGGAAGAAUCUAAAGAACUUCGAAUAUUGAGGGAGAAUACAAACCAUUGGAAGGUUAAGAAUAUUAAUUCAACAGAACAACGAAUAAAUGGUUUAUGCCCGCUGACUCCCAAGGAGGUUGGAAUUUUCCUUCACGCUCUUGGUUACCCUCCGUGGACAUUGAUUUAUAUUGCUGCUGGGGAGAUUUAUGGUGGUAAUACUCACCUUUCGGAGCUUACUUCUCGCUAUCCAAAUGUUGUUUUUAAGGAAACACUUGCAAGCAAACAGGAGCUAAAAUCUUUUUCCAAUCACGCAUCUCAAUCUGCUGCACUUGAUUAUAUCAUCUCUAUAGAAAGCGAUGUCUUUGUUCCAUCACAUUCAGGUAACAUGGCAAGAGCUGUUGAAGGGCACCGCAGAUUUUUAGGGCAUCGGAAGACUAUUACUCCAGACCGGAAAAGGCUUGUUGCACUAUUUGAUAUGCUGGACUCUGGAGUGCUUGAGGAAGGAUUAUCAUUGUCUCGACUUGUACUGGAAAUGCACAAGAACAGGCAGGGUGGACCAAGGAGAAGGGAAGGCGCCCCUUCAGGUGUCAAAGGUCGAGCGCGUUUCAGAUUUGAAGAACCCUUCUACCAAAAUCCCUACCCAGAAUGUAUAUGUGGCUCCAAAAGGGCUGCCAAAACCUGA